AUGUCCACCCAAACAGAAACCACCCGCGCCACCUCCCUCCGCACCGCCGAAUCCCAAGCCAUAACCUUCUUCACCUCCAUCCAAGACCUCAUCCGCCCCGGCAUAACCGAAACCGCCCUCAGCAAAGAGAUCCACGCCCUCGGCGCCUCAAAACACAACGUUCGCACGCACUGGCACAAGCGCCUCAUCCGCAGUGGACCCAACACCCUCCGCCCCUUCGCAGACAACCCACCCGACCGCACGCUCCAACCCAACGACAUCCUAGUCAUCGACCUCGGCCCCGUCUUCGCCGACUGGGAAGCUGACUUUGGCCGCACGUACGUGCUGGGCGAUGACCCUGCCAAGAUUAGGCUGCGCGACUCGCUUAUGCCCGUCUGGAUGACUGUUCGAGACCGGUAUAGGCAGCGAGAGGACGAUAUCACGGGUGCGGACCUGUAUGCCAUUGCGAGGGAGGAGGUCGAGAAGGUCGGGUAUACCUUUGGAUCGCAUAUUGCCGGCCAUGUAGUGGGUGAUUUUCCGCAUGAGCGGAUCCCAGAUGAUAAGAUUAGUUUGUAUAUUACGGAGGGGAAUCAUGAGCCGUUGAAUUCGGUGGGGAAGGAUGGGAUGCGCAGGCAUUGGAUUUUGGAGAUCCAUGCGCAUGAUCUGGAGGGGGGUUUUGGGGGGUUUGUUGAGCAGCUGCUGACGGUUGAUUGA